GGGGGGGGGGGGUUGUUGAUUUCUUGCACCCGUAAAGAAGAAGGAGGGAAGGGGCGGAGCUUCCACCUAACCGGGAAGCGGAGCGCGAGCCGGAGCAGCGGACAGGGGGCUGCGCGCGCUGCCUUCGACCGGAGGAGAUUUUUAUUAUCGGGGCUUCGAGAGUCUCAUCAUCAUCAUCAUCAUCAUCAUCCUCCUCCUCAUCCUCCCCCCGCGGACUGGAGCGGUCUGUCUGUCUCUAUAUUUAUAUAUAAGUCAAUAAUAAUUAUAAUAAUAACAGUCCUAUAAUCCCGGGCAUGUCUGAUCCCGGAGCUGACGGUGAUGCCGGGGGCGCGCGCGGGUUCGCGCGGCAGGGCGCGCUGCGGCAGAAGAACGUGCACGAGGUGAAGGACCACAAGUUCAUCGCGCGCUUCUUCAAGCAGCCCACCUUCUGCAGCCACUGCACCGACUUCAUCUGGGGUUUUGGAAAGCAGGGCUUCCAGUGCCAAGUGUGCUGUUUCGUGGUACACAAACGCUGCCAUGAGUUCGUCACAUUCUCCUGCCCAGGAGCGGACAAGGGGCCGGCGUCAGACGAUCCCCGCAGUAAACACAAAUUUAAGGUACACACAUACUCGAGUCCCACCUUCUGUGACCACUGUGGAUCUCUACUGUACGGACUCAUACACCAGGGGAUGAAAUGUGACACCUGCAUGAUGAAUAUUCAUAAGCGGUGUGUGACCAACGUCCCGAGCCUGUGUGGGACGGAUCACACGGAGAGGAGAGGACGCCUGCACAUCAGCGCCGACAUCAAAAACAGCAUCCUGACCGUAACCGUCAGGGAAGCUCGGAACCUGGUGCCAAUGGACCCGAAUGGCUCGUCGGACCCGUAUGUGAAGCUCAAACUGAUUCCCGACCCCAAGAGUGAAAGCAAGCAGAAAACCAAAACCAUCAGGUGUUCGCUCAACCCCACCUGGAACGAGACAUUCACAUUCAAUCUACGGGAGACGGAUAAGGAUAGACGUCUGUCUGUGGAACUCUGGGACUGGGAUCUGACCAGCAGGAACGACUUCAUGGGCUCGCUCUCCUUCGGCAUCUCCGAGCUCCAAAAGCAAGGGGUCAGUGGCUGGUAUAAACUGUUAAGCCAAGAAGAAGGCGAAUACUUUAACGUUCCAGUCCAACCAGACGGGGAAGAAGGGAACGAGGAACUGCGGCAGAAGUUUGAGAGAGCCAGGAUUGGUCCAGGCAACAAGAACAACGACAGCUCAUCAUCUAACAACAUCUCCAAAUACGAUGCUAACGGCAACCAGGAUCGCGUGAAACUCAUCGAUUUUAAUUUUAUCAUGGUACUGGGGAAAGGCAGCUUCGGAAAGGUGAUGCUGGCCGAGCGUAAAGGAACGGACGAACUGUACGCCGUGAAGAUCCUGAAGAAGGACGUGGUGAUCCAGGACGAUGACGUGGAAUGCACCAUGGUGGAGAAGAGAGUUCUAGCACUUUCUGGAAAGCCUCCUUUCCUCACGCAGCUGCACUCCUGCUUUCAGACUAUGGACCGUCUGUACUUUGUGAUGGAGUACAUCAACGGUGGAGAUCUGAUGUACCAGAUACAGCAAGUGGGAAAGUUCAAGGAGCCGCAUGCUGUGUUCUACGCUGCAGAGAUUGCCAUUGGUCUGUUCUUUCUCCAUUCAAAAGGCAUCAUUUACAGAGACUUAAAGUUGGACAACGUGAUGCUGGACUCUGAGGGUCACAUUAAAAUCGCGGACUUCGGCAUGUGCAAGGAGAACAUGUUAGACGGCGUAAACACCAAAACCUUCUGUGGAACUCCAGAUUAUAUCGCACCUGAGAUCAUCGCCUAUCAGCCGUACGGGAAGUCUGUGGACUGGUGGGCGUACGGAGUUCUGCUCUACGAGAUGUUAGCAGGACAGCCUCCGUUUGACGGCGAGGACGAAGACGAGCUUUUCCAGUCCAUCAUGGAGCACCACGUUUCUUACCCCAAAUCCAUGUCUAAAGAAGCCGUGGCUAUAUGCAAGGGCCUGAUGACGAAGCACCCAGGGAAGCGCUUGGGUUGCGGCCCUGAGGGCGAGCGAGACAUCAGGGAGCACGCCUUCUUCCGCUACAUGGACUGGGAGAAACUCCAGAACAAAGAGGUUCAACCUCCAUUUAAACCCAAAUCAUGCGGUCGAGACGCAGAGAACUUUGACCGCUUUUUCACCCGCCAUCCUCCAGUCCUGACCCCUCCCGACCAGGAAGUGAUUCUUAACCUGGACCAGGACGAGUUCCAGGGUUUCUCAUACAUUAACCCAGAAUUCCCAGCUCAGGAGUCCAAGUAGCCAAUAGCAGCGCGGCGCUUGCAUCGAGACCAAUCAGAAAUCGGAGAGCCUGAAACGACUGAGCCGAUCGUUUUGAUCAGUCUGUAUCUACAGUUACGCUUCCGUUUGUUUCAUACAAGUCAUGCUGGUUAACCAUCACACACACACACACACACACACACACACACGAUGCCCUUUUACGGUGUUACAAACUCAUAAGGUUAUGAGUUAACUACAUGAGGAAUAUAUAUGUUUACUUUUUAAUAUUCAGAUAAAAUAACGAAUGCUGUAUUUACGUAUCUUUUUUUUUUUUGGAGGAUUUAGAAUGAAUUCUAAUAUAAAUUAUUGAUAUUAUGUUAUAGAUUAUAUAGUUAUAAAGUAUAAAAAGAUAAUAUGUGCCAAAAUAUAAAAGCCUCCUAGUUUUAUGAUGGACGUCAGUCUGUUCCUGGUACUUUUUUUUUCUUUUCGGGCCUCGUUUAUCAAACUGGACGCGAACAGUUUGAUUAUUUCUUAAACUGAAAGUUCGGAAAGAUGAGAAUUUGCGUACAUUUUAAUAAAAUCUCAAUUUGCCUAAUUAUUGUUUCAAAAAAUAAAUAAAUAAAUAAAUCAUUUUGACUCGCUGUUCAAUCCAGGCAAAAGUAAUGGUACUCUGUAAAAGGGGGAGGAGCCAGCGUGUCAGUGGUGACCGGGCGGCUGAGCCGCGUCACUGGGCGAUUGACGAGCCACCCUGGGCUCUGGCUGCUGAGGUUUGUGGGCGUGGCUGCUGAUCCCUGAAUAAAGUCAGUUGUGUAUUAUAAUUUAGAACCUUAUCGAAGGCAGUCAGCGCACAAACACAAACCUGACGGCCAUUCUGACCCGCGUUUCCCUGUGAGACGUGAGUUUGAUGCACAGCUUCACUGAAAGGUUGAUGAACGAGGCCCGGGGUGAGUGUGAGCAGCAUGUACAGUACAAACACACAAAAUAUGCUAAUUCUUUAUUUUGUCGUAAAUCUGUGCCAAAUCAGGUCAGGGUCCGAGCUCGCCCGUGUGUGUUGUAGUUCACAUCAGUGAUUCUGAACCGGUUCCUCGAGGAACGCCUGUUUUUAUCAGUUUUGGUUUAUUUGGGUUUUUUUUCCCCUCCAUUUCUCAGCACACAUGUUUUAGGUAUGCAGUGUUUUUUUAUUUUUUAUUAUUAUCAUUAUUUUGUUUGGGAAUCACUGCUUCCUGUCAGUCGACGUGGUGUGAAGAUUAGACGUCCUGCAUGAACUUGGAUACGGACUGCAAAUUCAAUCCUACAGGAGAAGUUUUCAAUAUUUUUGACAGUGGUAUUAUUCUUAUUAUUCUUAUCAUGAUAUUUUGUUGACGAAAAAAAGAGACCAUAUCGUGCUUUUUUUAUUUUUAUUUUUGGUUGUUUUGUUUUUGCUUUGUUUUGUUUACUCCACCAGAUCUGUCUAGUAGAUGAUUCUAGUCCUCAUUGUUUAAAGCAGAAGCCCUGAGAGUGUUCAGAUAUGAGAGUAAUGCAAUCCACUGUGAAGAGUCACGGUUCAUUUUACAUUUUAAAGUUCUACAUAAAGUACUACAUUUAUGAAUAAUAUUUGUUUGUGUGUGUGUGUGCGUGCAUGUGUGUUCUUGCAUAAAGCUUAAAAACCAUCCUCACCAUUACAACACAUUGUUACUGUGUGAUAAUAAUGUGUUCCUUCUGAAUGAGUUUUCAUCGCCCUUUAACCCAACUAACACUUAACUAAAGUAAUAAAAUAAAGGCAUGGAUCCCUGCAGAUCA